AUGGCUUCUUUUUUGCCACAUCUUGUAUGGUUUGUGGCUAUACUUUUGAUAUCUAAGAGUGUAGAAGCAAGUCAUAAAUCUUAUUCAUGGAGAAAAUAUUAUACUUACAAGUCAGCACCAACGUCUAUGCCUAAGCCCGACGAGUUACCACGUCAACCAUCUCCAUCACCACAACCAUCAUCCUCGGAUUAUUACAUUUCUAGUCCACCAUCACCUUUAGGGUGGUUCUCUCCUCAACUCUCCCCGGUGCCUUCGCCUACUUACAACAAGUUUCCAAGUUCACCAACUUCAUCAUCACUAUCGCCGUCUCCAAAUGAUUUUAAUUCCCCUCCCUCACCUUCAAGAUGGGCUCCAUCACCAUAUUAUUAUUCAUGGGAACCAUCUCCUAGUUAUACGACAUCUCCUCAAUCAUCGCAUGUACCUGCACCUUCUUAUCCUAACCAGUCCCCACCAUCACCUAUAGAAUGGUUCUCUCCUCGACCUUCCCCAGCGCCUUCAUCUAACUACCACGACAAGAACGAUCCAAGUUCACCAACUACAUCGCCACUAUCACCAUCUCCAUAUGAUAACAGUUCACCGCCCUCACCUUCUGAAUGGGCACCAUCACCAUAUCCUAGUGAUAAAAUCUCUCCUCAGUCAUCGGUUGUACCUGUACCUGCACCUUUGUAUUCUGAUAAGUCUUCACAACAACCCUCUCCAUCACCACUUCCAAAUUACUAUUAUAAUUCACCGCCUCCUCCAUACGUUUACAACUCUCCACCACCUCCACCUUAUUACUACAAGUCCCCACCACCGCCAUCACCAUCUCCUCCUCCACCAUACUACUAUAAAUCUCCACCUCCUCCAUCACCAUCACCUCCUCCUCCUUACUACUAUAAAUCUCCACCUCCUCCAUCACCAUCACCCCCUCCUCCUUACUACUAUAAAUCUCCUCCCCCACCAUCACCUUCUCCUCCUCCUCCAUACAUUUACAAGUCACCACCACCACCAUCUUCACCUCCACCUCCUCCAUAUUACUACAAUUCACCACCCCCACCAUCACCAUCCCCUCCUCCUCCAUAUUACUACAUGUCACCACCCCUACCAUCUCCUUCGCCUCCACCAGCUUACUACUACAACUACCUGUUGCCACCUCUAUCUUACUAA